UCUGUACGAAACUCCCUCACUUCCCACACUGAGUCACUCGGCCUUUACGCCUACGUACCAUUACUUGACAGAGUUAGUUUGGAAUCGAUAAUAUCACGUGCGUCGUAGCUGAGAGCGAGUAUGAUUUUGCAUAGCGGUCCGAAUGGCGUUUUCAACGCCGGUGGGGUUAACCUAUAUGGUAGGAAAAGGGAACACGAUCGGUAGCUUGCUCAUGGGAGAAUGUAUGGAAGCAACGCAAAGGUCAAUGCUUAGCAGCUAACGGCGGGGUUACAAGACUGUCUUCAUGACAAGAACGGGCUCCCGAAGGGCGCUUUGACAUCCGAAGCUUUCUCCUUUGCACAAUGCACUUCCGAUAUCCUGGGCCCGGUCACUACCCCCAAUCAGGGUCCAGACGGACUGAGGAUCGUCGUCUCCAAGAUCGGGCUGUCUGGUCAUGAAAAUCAUUCAUAAAUCAUUGUUGUUGAUAUGUGGAUUCCCUACUCACGAUAUGGUUUUUUGCUCCCUUCGUUGGUGUUUUUGGAAGUUUUGGGACAGUGACAGCAGACAACCGAUUCACAAUCAUGAAUUGAUUGACAGAUAAAUGACGGACAGGUCGCUGGAUAUGUACUAAAAGGACCCUUGCUGUACCCUGAGAGCCAUCGAGUUAAGUAUAGCUCCUGGGGAAUUUACAUGGGUUCCAGCUCACUUGAAAUAAGCUCAGCCUUCUGUUUCCCAUUUUCCACCUUGCCCCCCGCUCCCUACAAAAGCUCCGAAUGGUCGAGAUACCCCCAGAUGUGGACCUUGUAGCGGCGCUUCAACAUGAGGUAGUCGUUCGCGUGAGUUUUCUAUCUGACAAUGCCGACGAAUUCCCCGUUGAUAUUGAUUUCCAGUACCUUUUCGCUGCUGGAGAAGCACUUUUCAUCUACGACGUUCUUCUAAAUUUAGACGUCGAGAUCGAGUACAUAUGGGCUGUCCUAAGUCCUCGAAAACGGCCAGUCAAGAUAACAGCUGUACUAUUCAGCUUGAUGUACCUUGUACAGAGGUAUCUACCACUGUUUGAUCAAAUUAUAUUGAAUCAGUAUUUCAUCUUGGGCGCGUCCACUAAGAGAGCUUGCAUGAUCACUUACGCAAUGUGUGGAUGGGUUUCACUUGCGGGAAUAUCGCUUUCUGAAAUCAUACUUGUGAUUCGAAUAUGGGCCGUUUGGGGGUGGAAACCGCUGAUAGGGGUUAUAUUGGUCGUGAUCUCGGUAGCGGGCGGGAUUCCUGGGAUAUUCUUCCUCUCAAGAUUCUUAAACGGAAUCCAAUACCCUGAACUUGAUAUACCUGGCGUGUCGGAACAACUUCAAAGAUGUUUCUAUAUGACGACGAACAAGGAAAUCGUUGUGACUUGGAUUUUGUUGAUGGUUUACGAUAUGGUUGGUUUCAUCCUGAUGGCGAUACCUGGAAUCAGUGCCUAUCGGAGCAGUGGAAGCUCGAACCUCGUAAAGGUUGUCUAUCGGGAUGGUGUCAUCUACUAUGCGCUGAUCUUCAUGAUAUCGCUGAUCAAUGUGAUCGUCAUUCUCAUUCUCUCCCCUGACCUCAGACUGCUCCUCUCCGGCUUCGAACGCGUCCUUCACUCUAUUCUCGCCAGUCGUGUAAUUCUUCACAUACGAAAAAUGGCUUCUCAAGAUAAUAUCCAUGGCCAGACUCCGACAUCAACCGGAAUAAUGCUGACGACGAUUGAGUUUACCUCUUUUACAGGAACCGAGAACGGUUUCACUGCGAACAUGAACUACCGAUCUUUUGAGCUAGAAGUCCCGCAACAAACGAGAGCUUAA